AGCGCUUUCACAUAGUUUCCUCUGACAGCAGGAGCAGUGAACACAGAGAAGAUGAUGACCACCCGGAGACUCCUCAUCAGGCCGGUCACGGACCUCUCCUGGCCAGUCUGCACUCUCUGUCCAGAGGCCCUGGUUCUGGGCCAGCAGCAACAUCUCCUUCAGAGGAACCUGCAGCGUCUGAUCCGCUCACUUCAGGACCAGGAGGAGUCCACAUCUUCUCCAAUGGAUACUGCAGUGCAGCAGGACGCAGGUCACUAUGAGCUGACCCUGGACACCACAGGCUUCUCUCCAGAGGAUCUGUCAGUCCGGCUGCACGGCAGGAAGCUGAGAGUCAGCGGGAAGACGGAGAAGAAGGAGGAAGAGCAGGAUGGCUGGCGAUGGCACUCGGUCCGGGAGUUCAGGCAAGAGCUGGAGCUUCCUGAAGGAGUGAACCCUGAAGAUGUCAGCUGCUGCCUGACUCCAGAGGGGCGACUCCAAAUCCAGGCAGCCAAAGUCCCAUGUGUGCAGGAGGCCGGCAGAGAGCUGAGCAUCAGGAGGAGGCCAAAGCAGAACCCAGAGGAGAGUCAGUCAUCACAGCCAGAGAAUCAAACCGAAAACAAGAGCUGAGCUCUGAGCUGAUGACGUCCACUUUACACAUCCAAUUAUGGGGAAAUGUGAAAUGUGUUUCAUAAAAUAAGUGUGAUAAAAUGUGAGUAGCCUCAUUUACUUGUAUGCUGCUCGUACUGUAUUGUAUUUCAUUCUAUUAAGAUUUGUCAAUCAAUUUUAAGAUAAAACCUGUAUCAAU